AUGGCUUCCACCACAAACGGCGACAGCAAUCCAGUUGCUCAGGAGAAGAUUAACACCAACAUCAUUACCCUCACCCGGUUCCUGACUGAAGAGCAAACAAAAGUCAAGGAGGCAACAGGAGAUUUCACACUGCUAUGUCACGCGCUUCAGUUUGCUUUCAAGAGCAUUGCUUACUACAUUCGGAGAGCGUCAUUAAUCAACCUCACUGGUCUCCAAGGCACAUCCAACACAACUGGCGAUGACCAGAAGAAGCUCGACGUGAUUGGCGAUGAGCUUUUCAUCAGCGCCAUGCGCUCGUCAGGUCGCGUGCGCCUCCUCAUUUCCGAGGAGCAAGAAGAAGCCAUCAUCUUUGACGAAUACCCCAAUGCGCGUUAUGCCGUAGCCUGCGACCCCAUCGACGGCUCCUCCAACCUCGACGCCGGUGUCUCCGUCGGCACCAUCUUCGCCGUGUACAAGCUCCCUGAAGGCGCAAAGGGCACAAAAGAGGAGCUCCUCCUCCCCGGCACCGAGAUGGUCGCCUCAGGCUUCACCAUGUACGGUGCUUCCGCCCAAUUAGUCAUCACCAUGAAGGGCGGCAACGUCAACGGCUUCACCCUCGACAACGCCUUUGGCGAGUUCAUCCUCACACAUCCUAACAUGAAGUGCCCCAAGACACGAUCAAUCUACUCGGUCAACGAGGGAAACAGCAUGUACUGGGAACAGCCUGUCAAGGAGUGGUGUGAGAGCUUGAAGAACCCUCCCGAGGGCGGAAAGCCAUACAGUGCGCGUUACAUUGGUUCCAUGGUCGCAGAUGCGUACCGAACACUGUUGUACGGAGGCAUCUUUGCUUACCCUGCUGAUAAGAAGACACCCAAGGGCAAACUUCGUAUUCUGUACGAGUGCGCUCCUAUGGCCAUGGUUUUUGAAAAUGCUGGCGGUUUGGCAGUAAACAGCAGCAUGAAGCGCAUGCUCGAGGUUGUGCCCGAGCACAUUCACGACCGGUCUGGUAUCUUUUUGGGCUCAGAAGGAGAGGUACAAAAAGUUAUUGAUGCGCACAAGAAGUACCAGAAGUAA